AGUACAGGUAUUGAAUGUCAGAAUCAGCAAAAGAUGCAAAGGGAAACAGUAAAGAAGAAAAAGGUGAAGUAACAUGGGAGAGCUAUGUCCCUGGUUCCUCAUUGGCAGCAAUUGAUGCAAAAAUGGCAAAACUUGACAACAUGUUCAAAAGCAUGUGCAGAAGUGCAGGCAGGGUCAUGGCAUAUCAUCUUGGUGAAAUGCCUGCACCAGAACCAUCCUCUACAUCCCUGAUAAGUUGUGCAACAGUAGACGAUAUAGCCAGCCACUUAAAAACUUGCAAAAAUGUCAUUUUGUUGACUGGCGCUGGGAUCUCUACAUCUGCUGGUAUCCCAGACUUUAGGAGCCCUGGGUCUGGGGUAUAUGACAAUGUUCAGAAGUAUUUGGAUAAGUACCAACUUCAGAAUGCACAGAAACUGUUUAGCUACGAACUGUUCCAGGAGGAUCCUGAACCGUUCUAUGCGCUUGCUAGAGAGAUGAAAUACCCCGACAAAAAUGUUCAACCAACAUUGGCUCAUUAUUUCAUCAAGUUGUUAAGUGAUAAGGGUGUUCUGUUGAGAAAUUACACUCAAAAUAUUGACAUGCUCCAAUCACAAACAGGUAUUCCAGACGAAAGGGUAUUUGAAGUUCAUGGCUCAUUUCGUAGUGGAACCUGCAUGGAAUGCCAUGCAAAGUUAGACAAAUCACAGCUGAAGGAUGCUAUAUUCAGUGGUAAAGUAGCUAGAUGUACUGGAGCAACAGGUAACGGUGACCACAGGGCUGUCUGUAGUGGUGUUAUCAAACCGGACAUUGUUAUGUUUGGAGAAAGCUUACCUAAGGAUUAUUUGUGCUCAGUCGGUAAUGACGAGGGGAAGUGUGACUUGCUGAUCGUGAUGGGUACCUCACUGCAAGUUGGCCCAGUUAACCAGAUUCCAAACACGAUCCCUCGCUCUACUCCUAGACUUCUCAUCAACAUGGAAAAGGUUUGUACAAGUGAAGCAGAUUGCAACAACUUGGCAACUCCCAUCUUCUUCUUUGAUCACCAAGACAACAAGACAGACGUGUUCAUGGGAGGAGACAUAUCUGACAGUUCCUUGAUUGAGUUAACUAAGAAGAUGGGGUGGUGGGAGGAGAUGAAGGAGAUGAGCGGGGAACUGGGGGAGGUGGUUGAGCAGUUAUUGUGAACAGAUUGGUCAGAAUAGUGGUAAAGGAACGCGCUGUGAUUGGACAAUUGGUGGGGAGAGGAGCUUCUUAUCGGACAAUAAGAUGUCUUCAUGGGAAAUACUGGGACAUUGUUUUAACCCAUGAUACUGUUAGAGCUUAAUGGGUUUGACGAUUUGGGACAAAUUGUUAAGAUAUGUAUUUAUAUUUCUCAUGUAAUUUGCGAUAUUAUGUCCCUGUACCUAAAUUGAAUUUAGCAUAAUUUAAGAUAUUCGACGUUAUUUUUAGUUGAUUAUUAUUUUCACAGAACCGUUUUAUAUUUUAAAUUUUCAGUACUGGUGUCUGGUACUAUUUUUUAGUGAUUCAGGGUAUAAUUUCCUAUCAUUUACCAAACAAAAUGUAUAUUUUCAAUUAACGAUACAGAUAAAAUUUGUGCGUAGAAUUUCAGAUUAUAAAUCAAAUGAAAAUGUAUAGUGUACAGAUGUUCAGAUUGUUUUUGUUA